AUAAGUAGCAAUGUGAGUUGUUUGCGUUUGUUUUGAUGUCUAGCUAAAUUAGGAGGAGUAACGUUAAGUUAUGGUGACGCUAACCAACUUUUGAAACUGGCACUGACUGUUUACCACCUGUGUUCUCCAACGUUACUCCGUUACAGUUCAUAUAAGACAAAUAAGUUGUUAACUUCAGCAGUUCGACGAAUGUGUAGGCAUAAUGUGUUUGAGGGAACCUCAGUAACCUGCAAACGGUCGGUGGCGGUUUGUUGUGUCGUGCGUGCCAUGGUGACACGGGGGUGGGUCUUUUCAACCGUCUCUGGUCCCUCUCUUAAGUUUUCCGGUUGUCAGGGCGACCGACCCCCGUUUCUAUGAAGUUUGCCAGUGAAAUCACUGCAGUCUUUUGACCAUCAUGCCAUCUAUAAUAUAAGGAAUUUCAUCCAAAGAGAUCUCUUCCUUAAGACUUAAGACUGACUGAGUUCCCCUCAGCUGUACCUCUGGACUGUUACCGACCUACGUACUGACAGGACCUGCAAUCAGUAAUCUUCUGUAGCCAUGACUUUAAAAGUGGGACAGUAACUCUGCAGUGGCAGUGAGGUCACUCUAUCAACAAGAAAGGAUGCAAGCCGUUACUGUGCCUGGCUGAUACAGUAACUGAGGUUAAAGCGGAGACCUGAGCAAGGCCACAAUUAGCUGAUAGGUGAAUGGAGACAAGAAAGAACACCAAAACAGGGGUUGUUUUCUGGACCCCAGCCCCGGUCCGCACCUCACCAACCAGCUCUGUAAUAUCCGAGGAUGUGUGGAAGGAUGAGGAGGAAGAACCAUCAGAGAACGAUGAUGACUUUGUUAGCCAGAUGGAUGACAAUGGCAUCAUUGGACUGUCUGAAGCACUGGAGGAUGUAAAGUUGGGGCAAUCUUGUAGUGAUUCAGAUGCAGAAUGCAAUCCAAACUUGUACCCUGGACCCCUCACCCCAGAGGAGUUAGACACAGGUAGGCAUGAGAGGGACACACCCGAGGAGCUGAGUUACAACCUGAGUGAACAUCUGUCUCACUUCGAAUCACCAGGAGAGGAUGCACAAAUGCUGUCACCAUUUGAGGACUUGACAGGUAGCUUAAAGGUGAGGCAGAGGAAAGACGAGCAGGGGACAGAGUGCAUCCCUGAGUGGGACAAAUACUUGGACAUGACAGAGGAGGACAGAGAGGAAGAGGGGAAGAGGAUUGACAAGAAGAGAGGGAAAAAUAACAACAUUAGCACAUCAAGAGAGCUUGGAACUACAAAUGACUUGGCUGAGAGCUAUAUUUCCAAAGGAGAUAUUGAGAAGAUUAGCUCGACGUUAUCUUGUAAUGCUCGCCUGUUAGCCAUGGAACCUGCUACAGUCUCCAAUCAUCACCGCCAAAUAUCCAAGCCUGCCUCACCUGCCACAGCCCUCGCUUUUCCCCACCUUCGCCACUUUACUGCUGAGGAACUAGCUGCUGCUCCGGGGAUCGACGCUGAAACCUUUCCAGAGAUGAGCUUGACAGAAAGUCAUCCAGAAUCACACAGGAGCCACACAAGCCUUAAAUCCAGUCCUUAUCCUGAUGUUAAGCUCAGGUCUUCUCUUCAGCCAGCAGCCGAGUUUUCUGACGAAGUCAUGUCCAAUCCUGACAGCGGAGUAAGUAACAAGCCUUUAAAGGCAUUAGAUAAGUCUCAUGAACAGCCUACCCCCUUAACAAGGAAGAUAAGGCAGCUCUCUCCUGAAGCAACAUAUUCAAGGACACGUUCCCUCAGCAUAGCCAAGGCAGAAUCCUUAAAAUUUAGACAUAAGAACCCAAAUCCUGACCGAGAGCCAAGGACACCCAGAGCCAGGAAUAACGCAGCUGAAGUGAAUGAAUCCAGAAAAGAGCCUCUGAGUUACCGCAUACCAGACUUCUCCCAGGUGGAGCCCAGGGUCCGUUUCCCCAAAAGUGGUUACACGCCCCCCAAGAGCAAACAGCCUUUCAAGAGGGAGUCCCUGUCACCUGAGCCCCCCUUCCUUUUUAAAUCCCCUGCUGACAUUGUGAAAGAAGUCCUACUGAACACCACUGAUGGAUCUCCUGCCUCAUCUGACUCUUACAAACCACCAACCGGUGCCCCCAACUCCACUGUGCCUAAGGAGUUCAGAGGCCGGCAGCAGGCCACCACACUACUCGACCAACUACAGGAGGACUACAACAGACUGCUGACUAAGUUUGCUGAGGCGGAAAACACCAUUGAUCGUCUGCGUCUGGAAGCCAAGGAUAGACCUAUAGAGAACCCACAGCCCAGGCACAGACAUUGUCAGCACAUCACAGGCAGAGCAGUGAAUCUGUACUCUGACCCACCAAAGCCCGGCUACUUGGUGCAGUCAGGACCGAACCAGAACUCUUUAAAGUUCACGACGCUGGAGUUUCCUCAGGCUCAGAGAGCAGGGAACAACUCAGCCCCUCUUCAUCUUAACGGACACAGCACUCACCAGAGAAGUCCAUUGGUCUGUCCUUCCACAAGAAGCCCAGACCACCAGGUGGGACAGCAACUGGCCAACAUUCUGUACAAUCAGGCCGACAAGUUUCUCCAUCAGCUGCAGACUUUCGAGGAUCUCUUAAAGGGCAAAAAACUCAAACCUUUUGAACAGAUGACGGGCCUCUCGCAGCUUGCCCAGGGGCUCAACUCUUUAGAAAGGGGCUACCUGUUGGCAAGGGACGAGCACAAACUACUGCUGCACCGAGGGGAAGAACUCGCCCACUUUGACCCUGAACGGGAGCUGGAGGGGCUGAUCUUUCAGUGUGGGCUGUGUAUGGAGGAUCUGAAGGAGCAGGUGGAACAGAUGCAACAGGAGCAGCCCACUUGUGAGACUCCUCCCUCUCCACCUCCUUACCUCACCCCUUCAUCUGUCCCCUCUGAGGGCGGAGAAACUCUGAUUUACCCACAGAGCCCACCUGUGCCUUUGCCGGUCGAUCCAGGAGAGGCUGCAGCGGGGGAGGUGAGCUCAGCCAGUGAAGAGGAGGAAACUCUGAAUUCUCUCCACCUCAAACCUCUGAAUGACAAACAUAGACAUGCUGAACAAGACUUUGCCAUACUAAUGAAUCACUACCAAAGCUUUAAGGAACUCCCCAAACUUUCAGACCAUCGCCAGAGGGAAGGAGCUAUUCCUGCUGCCUUAAGAAGUGAUCUGCAGCUUGGGGAUGAGGAGAAAGAGAGACGGGGUCAAAGAAGUGGAAACUUGGAAGUCCAGAAAGGCGUUUCACAGAGUGCCUCCAGCCAGUCCACCACACUCCCCGUUCAUCCUCACAGUGGUAGAAGGACAUUGAAGUUGGGAAAGUCCCACAGCAGCAGUCUGAGCAGUCUGGGAGAGAUUACUUCAUUGGAAAAGAGAAACUCCAGCAGAGUGCUUUCUCAGGAUGGGAUCGUCUCUCCGGAGACGGACAGCGGGUUUGUCUGUUCGGAGAGCAGCCGUCUGACUCCAGCAGCAGCUCAUCUCCACCAGAGGGCUUCCGAGAGCAGCGUUGCAGUGUCUCAGGGGGGGAAGCCUCAGAUAGGCCAAGUCUCCGCCCCGUCUCCUGCUUCCGCACCAUUAAGCAGUCGCGCGGCUACGGAGCCAAGAAAGGCCCCCCAGCUCAGUCCAGACAAGCAGAGGAGAAGCAGACAGGGGCAGAGGAGACGCACUUUCUCCUGCUCUCCACAGCACCGCGUCAGUCAGACCAAUGAGUUUGGGUUGGAGAGCGACAGCUCUCACACUGUGUCUGCAGACAGACAGAACGACCAGUACACAGAAUCUGUCAAUUCCCUCUACGACUCCAGCCAAAGCUCCUCCCCCGUUGCACGGAAUCACCGUGGCGAUUCUCUCAAAGCACUGAGAUCUAGUCAGGUGGCCAAUCGCAAUGACGCAAUCCAGACGCUGCAGGGCGAGGUGAAGGCACUGAGGGAGAGACUAGAAAGCUGUCUGAGAAAUAAGAAGCCUCUGAGCUCUGCAAGAGCUGCGCCAAUGGCUCACGAGUACUACGCUCCCCACAGCACCUCCACACCUCGCAUCAGGUUUGGGGAGCAAUGGAGCGAUCUCAGACAGACAGUCAAUGAGGUUGAAGCGUCUACAAUGAGACAAACAAUCAGGAGACCGCUUCCUGCACACAGACGAAAAUCUCGACCCGAUAUCUCGAACGGUUCAGAGCUCUCUACACCUCAGAAUCUGGUGUCCAAAUGUACUCAAACAUCUGCUGCAGCACCAGAAAGCAUCUGUUCACACACAAAUGCUGUCGGAGAAAGAAAAAAACCCAGGCAGCACACCGGUGUGUCUGAAACAGCAGAUGAAUUUGACAGCGGAGGGCGUCCGGCUCCUCUUUGUCCUCAGUGUUUGUCACGCCACCGAGGGCGAUCUGAAACGCCAGUUGGUGGUAGCGACAAAGAGCCAACCCACUCCUCUUGCUAUCGGGACUGUUCUCUCUUUGGACGCCAGGAACCCUACGGAAGCAAAACGCCAGACUGUCGCAGAGUCUCGGACUCCCCCCCGCACACGAGGGGCCAACCGGUCGAGUUCCCGGACAGAGCUGCGAGAAGCAGAUACUUUGCAGCUGAAGCUCCUCCUACACUGCUGCAAUGCAUGCCAGUGUGCCCGCCACCACUUCUGUUGUACACAUCGCCCCUUUAUGUAUCUCCUAGCAACAGCACUGGCACCUCAGGGGUCAGGGGUCACAGAGAGGUGAGGGGGAGGACAAGACGCUCACUGUCAGUAGACAAACAGCGCUCCGUGGACACGUCUCUGAACAGAGCCAUCAGAGCAGCUCGGCACAUGAAGCGCACCUCUGGACACAUGGCUCGCUCUCUGGCUACGGGAGUGCACUACCAGCAGCUCCUCACCUAGUCCUGCAGCUGCACAGGCAGCGCAGACAGCAGGGGCUGAAGGGAGGGAAUGAAUAAAACGUCUAAACUCAUUCUCUUCUUGGAACUUCUCUUUUUUCCUACAUUUGGAGAAAAAGUUGUUGCCGGAGCUUUGUUUACUGGAUUAAAAAAUAAUAAUUUUAUAAUAAUUUAACUCUCAGGUGGCCAAACAUUAAUUUGUUUCUUCUUUGUUUCUUGUCAUUAAAAAGAAUUUCAAAAGAUGUGCUGGGAUACAUGAAAAUGACACUUUCUAAACUUAUGUAGUACUGUAGAUCAGUUUGAUAAAACUUGAUCAUGAUCGUUUUACAAACCGAUAAAGAAAUUACAAGACAAGUUACAACUGUCUUGAAAUGGCAAUUUACAUGAGGUAAUACUCAGUUAUUUUGAGCCAUUUAUUGAUCCUGUGACUGUACAGUAACGUGUUUUUUUAUCUUUUCUAGUUUGUAGAAAUGUAUUUCAGUGUUUUUGUGG